AUGUCUAAAAGUAAAAAUCCAUUAACUAACUACUUCAAGAAAGUAUCAAAUACUUAUAAUAUUGACGAAGUUCAUGAACCAACACUUCAAUCAUGUUCAACUGAAGAAACAGAUAUUCUUCGAACAAAACGAUUUAAACCAAAUGAAUCGACGAAUUCCACUACAUUGGUCACCAACAAUACCACUGCUGCUUCAAUUAGUAGCUCUGCAACAGCAGAAUCUACCAUGUCAUUGUCUUCGAAUGAACGAGACCCAUGUCAUGGUCCUGCAAAAGCAAAAGAAUACAUACUGUUAGGCCCAUUUCAACCACAAACACAGUUUCUCAUGGUCAAUGGUCGUCGUUUUCGUCGUGGAUGGUAUAAUAUUUAUCCAUGGUUAGAAUAUAGUUUAGAAUUGGAUCGUGCAUUCUGUUUUUCAUGCCGCUUACGUGGAGAACAUAAAUUUGAUGCAGGAUUUACAAUUAAUGGUUUUUAUAUAUGGAAAAAUGGAACAUUAAGGUUAAAUGAAUAUCAAGCAACAUAUAGUCAUAAAGAAUCGUUUGAAAGAUGGAAAACAACUGUACAAAAUCACAAUAACAAUACAGAUGUAUUAAAAUUAUUAGAUCAACAGAAUUCUAAACAAGCAACUGAAAAUCGAGCGUAUUUGAAAGAAUUAAUUCGAACAGCUCAUUUUCUAGCGCGACAAGGUGUCAGUUUUCGUGGUCAUCGUGAAAAUGUGGACUCCAAAAACAGAGGCAAUUUCUUAGAAAUUUUGGAACUAAGAAGUAGUGAUAAUGAACUAAUAAGAAGAAAAAAAGAAGAAAUCAAUUUUACAGAUUACAAAAUUCAAAACGAGCUGAUUCUACUGAUGAAUAAGCAAGUAUUAAAUCGUAUUAUACAAGAAAUUCAGAAAGCAAAAUAUUUUUCUGUCAAGAUUGAUGAAACAACUGAUAUAUCGAAACAAGAGCAAGUAUCCUUAGUGAUAAGAUAUACCGAUGAAAAUUUUAAUAUUCAUGAACGAUUCAUGGGUUUUGAGAGAACGAAGGAAAUGACAGGUGAAGCAUUAUUCAAUUUAUUAUUAGAGUGGCUUAAAAAAUUAAAUUUGGAAGUUAAAAAUAUUGUUGGUCAGUCAUAUGACGGUGCUUCUGCAAUGCGAGAUGAAUAUAAAGGUGUAGCAGCACAUCUGAAACAAGUGGCACCAUGUCGUAAGAAGGAAAACGAAUAA